AUGCUGUCGUGGCACUCCCUCGACCUCGUCUCCUGUACCACCCUCCAGACCCUGUGGGCCGGGUACGGGCACAUCUGCGCCCUCACCGCCCGAGCCACCACCGCCGAAGCGGCGGAGCAUCUCGGGAAGCUUUGCGGAGUGGAUUCGAGAACCGCAGGGAGCACUUUUCCUCUGAUUUUAAAGCUCAUCUCACCGCCUCGCAAAGCAGCGGGAAAGGAGGAUGAGGGCCAUCUUCGCAAGAUGCUCAGCUACGAGGUUGAGCAGUACUUCUACAGUGAUGUAGUCCCGCGACUAGGAGAUGAUAUCGCUGUGGCUAACUGCCUGGCGUCUACGCGAGACAUGCGUGGGAAGCAAUGUGAAGAGGAACUUCGUGGUAUGAUGGCGACGAUUAUGGUUGAUUUGCGGCCUGCAUUCCCGGUUGCGGGUGAGAAGAGAAGCGUGUUGAGUCGUGCUCAGGUGUAUGGGGCGCUGAAUUGGUUGGCAAGGUUUCAUAGUCGGUCGUGGGGGUUGUUGUCUGAUGACAGGAGUCUGGAUGGGUAUGUCCUACCGCCGCUUGAGGAAGCGAAGAGGAGGCGGGACUUGGGGAAGACGGAAGUAGGGGAUGCGUUGUGGCUUAACGGAGGGUACACGUAUCUGGCAACCCGCCGGAAGGAGUACGCUUCGCUAGUUGAGGAUACGGACUCGGAGUGGUCUGAUAUCCUAUGUACAGCUUCGGAUGAGUCUGCGCUAUCGGUUGCUGAGAUGGCUGCGUUCCUCUUAACACCUUGUGGAAGGAAGAUGGAGUCACUUAUCCAUGGCGAUGUCAAGUCAGAGAACCUCUUUACGACAAGCAAGGGCGAUGAGGUAGCUUUCUUUGACUUUCAAUAUGUCGGGUUAGGUCUGGGAGUUUGUGACCUGGCAAAACUCUUUACGUGCUCGGUUCCGUUGAGGAUGCUUGCUGACGAUGAGGAAGACUUGCUACCAGAGCAAUUGGAAAUGUGUGAAGGUGAGCGAACUUUGCUGGAGCACUACCAUAAGACGUUGCUCCAGGAUAAAGGAGAGCGCUGGUACGAAUGGGAAUCCUUUGUACGACACUGGGAGACGGCUCUAGUGGACUGGUGCAGGUUUCAGGCUUCUUGGGGCUUCUGGGGGAAUACUGAGUGGCUUGAGGCUCGUGUGAGAUCUAUUGUGAGCGACCUGGGGUGGAGAGAGUGGUUAAGCCGCAGCAUAAGCCGUUGA